AUGGAUACUCCAAGGGUUCUGCUCUCCGCCGUCUUCCUCAUCAGUUUCCUCUGGGAUUUGCCCGGCUUCCAACAGGCUUCCAUCUCCUCCUCGUCGUCCUCCUCCGCGGAGCUGGACACCACCAAGGACGUACGGAACCGCAAGGAAGGAAAGAUGUCCAGGGCGCCGCGGGAGAGCUCCGCGGGCCGGACUCCCAGGGAGCGCCCCGAGCCCCGACUGCGGCCUGAGCAGGAACCUCAGUCCCAGGAGCGAGAGCCACCGGGCCGGGCACCGCGCGUGGUGCCCCACGAGUACAUGCUGUCAAUCUACAGGACCUACUCCAUUGCGGAGAAGCUGGGCAUCAAUGCCAGCUUCUUCCCGUCUUCCAAGUCAGCCAACACAAUCACUAGCUUUGUAGACAGAGGACUGGACGAUCUCUCGCACACUCCUCUCCGGAGACAGAAGUAUCUGUUUGAUGUGUCCACGCUCUCAGACAACGAAGAGCUGGUGGGCGCGGAGCUUCGGCUCUACCGCCGGGCGCCCUCUGCGCCCUGGGGGCCACCAGCGAGGCCCCUCCGCGUGCAGCUCCACCCGUGCCUGUCGCCCUUGCUGCUGGACGCCAAGACCCUGAGCCCGCACGGGGCGACCCGGGCCGGCUGGGAAGUGUUCGACGUGUGGCGGGGCCUGCGCCACCAGCCCCGCAAGCAGCUGUGCUUGGAGCUGCGGGCGGGCGCGUGGGGCGAGCCGGACGCCGCCGCCGGGGACGCGGAGGCGCGCGCGGGAGCUCCCCAGCAGCCACCGCCCGCACCCCCGGACCUGCGGAGUCUGGGCUUCGGCCGGAGGCUGCGGCCGCCCCAGGAGCGCGCCCUGCUCGUGGUGUUCACGCGAUCCCAGCGCAAGAACCUGUUCGCCGAGAUGCGCGAGCAGCCGGACUCGGUUGAAGCCGCUGGGGAUCCCUCUCCGGGCGCCGCCCAGGGGUCGCCGUGGCCAUCGCCGUCGGGCGCGCCGGACAUCGGACCUUGGCUGCCCUCGCCCGGCCGCCGGAGGCGACGCACGGCUUUCGCCAGCCGCCACGGCAAGCGGCACGGAGGCGGCGGCAAGAAGUCGAGGCUCCGCUGCAGCAAGAAACCCCUGCACGUGAACUUCAAGGAGCUGGGCUGGGACGACUGGAUUAUCGCGCCCCUGGAGUACGAGGCCUAUCACUGCGAGGGCGUGUGCGACUUCCCGCUGCGCUCGCACCUCGAGCCCACCAACCACGCCAUCAUCCAGACGCUGAUGAACUCCAUGGACCCGGGCUCCACGCCGCCCAGCUGCUGCGUGCCCACCAAAUUGACUCCCAUCAGCAUCCUGUACAUCGACGCGGGCAAUAACGUGGUCUACAAGCAGUACGAGGACAUGGUGGUGGAGUCCUGCGGCUGCAGGUAGCGGUGCCUGUCCUGCCGCCUCGGCCACGACCACGACCCGCGAC